AUGUUGCUGCUUCAGUGCAGAAAACCAACUUCUCUUCCAAAGCCAUGUGACCUGGUACCAAAUGUAAAGAUGAGUCUCCUUGUUUUCCUGGGUCUGCUUGGUGUCUCUGCUGCCAUGCCAUUCCAGAUGCCAAUGCCCCGAAUGCCUGGAUUUAGCAGUAAAAGUGAAGAGAUGAUGCGAUAUAAUCAAUUCAACUUCAUGAAUGCCCCACCAAUGAUGCCUAUGGGCCCAUAUGGAAAUGGUAUGCCAAUGCCUCCACACAUGCCUCCACAGUACCCUCCAUACCAGAUGCCCAUGUGGCCUCCACCAGUACCCAAUGGAUGGCAGCAACCCCCAAUGCCCAAUUUCCCAAGCAAGACUGAUCAAACCCAGGAGACUGCCAAACCCAACCAGACCAAUCCACAAGAGCCACAGCCACAAAAGCAGCCUUUAAAGGAACCACCAAAUGAAGCAGCACGGGCCAAAGAUGAAGCCCAGCCACCUCAGCCAUUCCCACCAUUUGGCAAUGGACUUUACCCCUAUCAACAACCACCAUGGCCAAUUCCACAGAGGGGACCACCAACAGCGUUUGGACGGCCAAAGUUCAGCAAUGAAGAAGGAAAUCCUUACUAUGCAUAUUUUGGAUAUCACGGCUUCGGGGGUCGUCCUUAUUACUCAGAAGAGAUGUUUGAAGAUUAUGAAAAACCCAAAGAAAAAGAUCCUCCUAAACCAGAGGACCCACCCCCAGAUGACCCACCCCCAGAGGCUUCUACAAAUUCAACUGUGCAGGAUGCUAAUGCUACUCAAUCAAUUCCUGGAGGCGGAAAUGACACCAGCCCAAUAGGAAACACAGGCCCUGGGCCGAACACUGGGAACAAUCCUACAGUUCAAAACGGUGUCUUCCCUCUCCCUAAAGUUAAUGUUUCAGGCCAGGGAGUACCAAAAAAACAAAUUCCGUGGAGACCAAGUCAGCCAAAUAUUUAUGAGAAUUAUCCUUACCCAAAUUAUCCUUCAGAAAGACAAUGGCAAACCACUGGUACCCAGGGGCCUAGACAGAAUGGACCUGGCUACCGAAAUCCACAAGUUGAAAGGGGUCCUCAGUGGAAUUCCUUUGCUUGGGAAGGCAAACAAGCUACUCAUCCAGGAAAUCCAACUUACCAUAAACCUCCCUCUCCUACCUCCGGAGUUAAUUAUGCAGGAAAUCCAGUCAAUUUCGGAAGAAAAUUACCAGGGCCAAAUAAACCAUUUGUGGGAGCCAAUCCGGCCUCAAAUAAACCCUUUGUGGGAGCCAAUCCGGCCUCAAAUAAACCCUUUGUGGGAGCCAAUCCAGCCUCAAAUAAACCCUUUGUGGGAGCCAAUCCGGCCUCAAAUAAACCAUUUGUGGGAGCCAAUCCGGCCUCAAAUAAACCCUUUAUGGGAGUCAAUCCGGCCUCAAACAAACCCUUUAUGGGAGCCAAUCCGGCUGCAAACAAACCAUCUAUAGGAACCAAUCCAGCCGCAAACAAACCAUCUAUAGGAACCAAUCCAGCCGCAAACAAACCAUCUAUAGGAACCAAUCCAGCCGCAAAUAAACCCUUUGUGAGAAACAAUGUAGGUGCAAAUAAACCCUUUGUGGGAACCAAUCCCUCCUCAAAUCAACCAUUUCUGAGAAGCAAUCAGGCCUCAAAUAAACCAUUUCUGAGAAGCAAUCAGGCCUCAAAUAAACCAUUUGUGGGCACCAAUGUGGCCUCAGUGGGUCCUAAACAGGUCACUGUUAGCCACAAUAUGAAAACUCAAAAUCCAAAAGAAAAGUCACUAGGUCAAAAAGAAAGAACAGUCACUCCUACCAAAGAUGCAAGCAACCCCUGGAGAACUGCUAAACAAUAUGGAAUUAACAAUCCAAACUAUAAUUUGCCUCGCUCUGAGGGCAGCAUGGUAGGCCCAAAUUUUAAUUCCUUUGAUCAACAAGAAAACUCCUACUUCUCAAAAGGAGCUUCCAAAAGAGUACCAAGUCCUAAUAUACAAAUCCAAAGCCAGAAUUUGCCCAAAGGAAUUGCUUUAGAGCCAAGAAGAACCCCAUUUCAAUCAGAAACUAGAAAACCUGAGUUAAAACAUGGCACACACCAGCCUGCAUACCCUAAGAAAAUCCCUUCUCCUACAAGAAAACAUUUCCCUGCUGAAAGAAAUACCUGGAAUCGUCAAAAAAUCCUUCCACCCUUAAAGGAAGACUAUGGGAGGCAAGAUGAAAAUUUACUUCAUCCGUCCUAUGGCUCUAGAGGAAAUAUUUUUUACCAUGAAUAUACCAAUCCUUAUCAUAAUGAAAAAUCACAGUACAUUAAAAGCAAUCCAUGGGAUAAGAGGGUCAGCUCUCCCAGUACUAUGAUGCGGCCAGAAACCCCACAGUACACCAUGACUUCUCUAGACCAGAAGGAGACAGAGCAGUACAAUGAAGAGGACCCAAUUGAUCCAAAUGAAGAUGAAUCUUUUCCAGGACAAAGUAGAUGGGGUGAUGAAGAGAUGAACUUCAAAGGAAACCCAACAGUUAGGCAGUAUGAAGGUGAGCACUAUGCCUCAACCCUAGCGAAGGAAUACCUUCCCUAUUCCUUAAGUAAUCCACCAAAACCCAGUGAAGAUUUUCCUUACAGUGAAUUCUAUCCCUGGAACCCACAGGAAACUUUUCCAAUAUAUAACCCAGGUCCUACUAUAGCACCACCUGUGGACCCCAGAAGUUAUUAUGUUAAUAAUGCCAUAGGACAAGAAGAAAGCACUCUCUUUCCUUCAUGGACCUCCUGGGACCACAGGAAUCAAGCUGAGAGGCAGAAAGAGAGUGAGCCAUAUUUCAACAGAAAUGUCUGGGAUCAGUCAAUGAAUUUACACAAAUCUAAUAUACCAAACCAUCCUUAUUCCACUACCUCCCCUGCUAGAUUUCCAAAAGAUCCAACAUGGCUUGAAGGUGAGAAUUUGAACUAUGAUUUACAAAUUACUAGUUUAAGUCCACCAGAAAGAGAACAGUUGGCUUUCCCAGACUUCCUGCCUCAAAGUUACCCAACAGGUCAAAAUGAAGCACACUUAUUUCACCAAAGUCAAAGAGGGUCUUGCUGUAUUGGUGGCUCCACAGGACAUGAAGACAAUGUGCUGGCUCUACAAGACUACACUUCAUCCUAUGGUCUUCCACCAAGGAAGAACCAAGAAACCAGUCCUGUGCAUACAGAAAGCAAUUAUAUCAAGUAUGCAAGACCUAACGUUUCCCCAGCAAGCAUCCUACCUAGUCAAAGAAAUAUCUCAGAGAACAAACUAACUGCAGAAAUCCCAAACCCAAGUCCAUUUGGAGAUGGUGUGCCUACUGUGAGAAAAAAUACUCCAUAUUCUGGAAAGAAUCAACUAGAGACAGGAAUUAUGGCCUUUUCUGAAGCCAGCUCUUCUCAGCCAAAAAACACACCCUGUCUUAAAAGUGACCUUGGAGGAGAUCGGAGGGAUGUUCUGAAACAAUUUUUUGAAGGCAGCCAGCUGAGUGAAAGAACUGCUGGCCUUACUCCCGAGCAGCUCGUCAUUGGUAUUCCUGAUAAAGGCUCUGGCCCAGAUAGCAUACAAAGUGAAGUCCAAGGGAAUGAGGGUGAGAUGCAGCAGCAAAGGCCACCUACCAUCAUGAAGUUGCCAUGCUUUGGCUCCAAAUUAGCAAAAUUUCACUCUUCUACCACUGGACCUCCAACUAACAACGGAAGAACGACCCUACUUAAUGGUGCUCUCUCCACACCCACUGAAAGUCCUAACACAUUGGUUGGGUUAGCUACUAGGGAACAAUUUAAAAGUAUAAACGUAGAUAAACUUAAUGCAGAUGAACACACUACACUCGAAUCUUUUCAAGGAACCAGUCCACAGGACCAAGGCUGCUUACUGCUUCAGGCUUAG